UUCAUGUCCCGCCCCAUCUCUCGAGCGUAACGUGUGUUGACUGCCUGGCUUUACUCCGGCUUGUUCAGAAGCAGGUUAGUCUAUUUUUAUGACAUUUGUUCACGUCUGAUAAAGACAAAACUCACCAAAGAUCAUGAACAGUUUAAUUCGAAUUACUGCGAGGUGUUUGCGGUCUGGAGCAGCCGUCUACAUGCCCAGACAGGCCGGCGGACGAGUGUGGACGUCCUCGGCCCGGUUCCUGUGCGCGGCGGCGGACGUCCAGAAAGCCCUUGGAGAUAUUGUGCAGAAGGACAAAGUGGUUGUGUUUAUGAAGGGGACUCCGGCCCAGCCUAUGUGUGGCUUCAGUAACGCCGUAGUUCAGAUCCUCCGGAUGCACGGGGUGGACGACUACGCUUCGUACAACGUAUUAGAGGACUCCGAGCUCCGAGAAGGAGUCAAGGCCUUCUCCAACUGGCCCACGAUCCCCCAGGUGUACUUCAGCGGAGAGUUUGUGGGGGGGUGCGACAUCCUGCUGCAGAUGCAUCAGAACGGAGAUCUGGUGGAGGAGCUGAAGAAGUUGGGCAUCAGCUCCUCACUGCUGGAGGCCGAGAAGGAAUCCAAGUAGAGGAUGAACGUCAAACAGCUGACCAGACGGAGGACACAUUGAUCAGGUCUAAUCCUCCAUGAUGACGACGACAGAUACACCAUCUAUAAAGUUUACUCAACUUUCCAAGCAGUUGAGUGGCAGCACUGUCAUGGGAAUCUUUACUAUGUUUUAUACGUAAACAGAGCUGCACUGCUAAUACACUUCUGAAUGUGCACAGAUCAUGUACCUGAGAGGUGAGGACUUUAAACUAGGAAGAAUAAAAAGGGUCAACAGUGUCUCCACAG